AUGACUGAGACACUCUCACUCAACCCUGGAGCAGUGCCGUUCCAACCAGCGAAGCAAACACUGUUGCCUGGACCUCAGCUGGCACUGCCUGGACACCAGAUGGCAUCGCCUGGAUUCAUGCCAUGGAACUCGCCUUAUGCUGUUACCAGUCACCUGAAGGCGUUAGAGCUCCCCAAGUUUGAUGGGAAGGUGAAAAGCUACCUGAAGUGGCGGCAGCGUUUCCUUCGGCUGAUUGACGACAGUUACGCGAUGUCGGAGAACCACAAGCUUGCGCAUCUGAGGGAGGCCCUUGCUGAUGGUUCUGCAGAAGAGCUGAUUGCUGAUGUCUUGGAUGGACCUGGCGCAUAUAAAGCAAUCAUGGCCGAGUUGGAACGCUGGUACGGUGGCCAAGACCGAGAGCUGAACAACCAGGAAAGAGAGCUCAUGGAGUGGCCAGUCUUGACCAAUGAGCGUGACGUCAGCCAGCUGAAAAAGUUCGCCAUUCGGCUCCGCAAUACCCUGCUUAACAUGGAAGCAGUCCAGGUGCAGCCAGGCAGAGAGUUAUACCUGGCGCUAACCCGGAAGAUUCCUCGACGGCUCCUGGCACGCUACUUCAAUCGUUAUGAUGAUUCCAGCUGUGACAUACAGGCAUUCUCGCAAUUCCUAAUAACACACGUCCAGAAGCAGAUGCGUGUUGAGGAACGAAUUGGCCUGGGAGACCGCCCACCAGUAUCACUGCAGCCCAAGGAGCACCAGAACAAGAGUAAUCGGCCGUUGCCCAGCAGGCAAUAUGGAGUCAGGGAGCGCGCGUUUAUCUCCAGUCCUGGGACUCCACGAUCAAGCGACUCGUCACAGCCUGGGCCGAAACGUAACUUGGUCGCUUCUAGCAGCCGCAGCAACUCCAGAAAAGAGCAAGCUGCCUCAGAGCAAAGACAGCAUGCAGACAACAGCCAUGCCUGUGGUAAGUGCGAGGGUGCACACCAUAUUGCAGAUUGUGGCGAAUUCAAGAGUCUGCCCGUGCAAAAGAGAAAUGACACGAUCCGGAACCUACGGCUAUGCGUCAACUGCCUGGGAAAUGGGCACUGGGCACAAGACUGCAUGGCAGCGGUGUGCCGAGAGUGUCAAGGCAAGCAUCAUCAUUUACUGCACCGUGAACGACAAGGCAGUUUUACACCAUCACCACCAACGCGAAAAGAGGCUAGCCACCAUGUGAACAGCGAAUCCCAGCCAGCCAAUGACGACGAGGCCGGCUUGACCUCAUUCAUGACGAUACCGGUGAGGGUCGCUAAUGGAACAGUGACUGCCACAGCCAACGUCCUUCUUGACUCUGGAUCAACAUGCAGCUUUGUCACAGAGAGGCUUGCACACCGACUACGGCUGCGAGGAGAGCGCAAGCCAGUGCAUGUUGGUGUGCUAGGCGGUCAAGUUCUCUCAGGCGAGCGAGAGGUGGUGUCUCUGUCCCUUCAUCAAUAUGACAGCCAGGAGAUAUCAGAAGUUGAGGCAUAUGUGCUGCCAAAGAUCACAAGCGACGUGCACGUUGCUGAUUGGAGCCGUCUGCGUCACCAGUGGCCACAUCUAGCAGACAUUGAUUUCCCUGCUGCAAGCAAUCAACGCGCCAUCGACAUCCUAAUCGGGCUAAAUUCAGCAGCACUGCACAGUGCACAGGAAGAACGGAUUGGCAAGGCAGGUGAGCCCAUUGCAAGGCGCACACCCUUGGGAUGGGUCUGUUUCGGUUCAGCCAUACAAGACAGCUCUGUCCAGCACACCCAUCAUGCCCUGGAACUAACACAGACAGGUCUCGACUCGCUUGUCCGUAACUUCUGGGACUUGGAAGCGGUCGGCAUGCAACCGUCUGCUGAGAGCUACCUGUCACCUGACGAACGCCAUGCUGAGGAAAUGACUCGACAGCAGCUAGGGUACGCAGAUGGUCGAUUCGUUGUCGGUAUUCCCUGGCAGAAUGGAGCGCGUCCUCAGAUCACGAGCAACCGAGUGCAGGCCGAGGAUCGGCUGCGUUCGCUACUGAGGUCUCUAGAGAGAAGACCAACCGUUCAGAUUCGCUAUGCAAAGGUGCUAGAGGAGUACCUACAGAAGGCGUACAUUCAGGAGCUGACAUCUGAUCAAGUCCAGCAAUGUGGCCGUGAGCAAUGGUUUCUGCCGCACUUCGCAGUAGUCCGCGAAGACAAGGCUACAACUAAGGUCCGUGUUGUGUUUGAUGCUGCAGCUCGCUUCAACGGCACGUCCAUCAAUGAACACAUGUACGCUGGGCCGCGACUGCAGAAUGAUCUCGUCACAGUACUGAUCCGGUUCUGCAUGCACCCCGUGGCACUGAUUGCUGAUGUGUCGGAGAUGUUCCUUCAGGUGUCACUACAGCCUGAAGAUCGCAGAUAUCACCGAUUUCUUUGGAAGACCGGGGACGGAGUCAAGGCCUAUGAGUUCACCAGGUUGGCGUUUGGCAUCCGUGCAUCGCCAUACCUAGCAGGCAGAGCUUUGUUGGAGACGGCCGAGCGUUUCGGAGCGAACUACGACCCAGCAGUCAGUGACACAGUUCGCAAGGCAUUCUACGUCGACGACAUGUUGAAGUCCUUGCCUGACGACCAGAAAGCAAUGCGUCUUCGGUCUCAGCUACAAGACCUCCUGAAGAAAGGCGGCUUCCAUCUCCGGAAGUGGUUGAGCAACAGUGAAGCAGUGAUGGAAUCAAUUCCACCGGAGCACCGCGCGCCGGCCACGUCUAAGUCCAUAACGGCACAAGAGUCGUCUGGACAGCCCUCACAAAAGGCACUGGGCGUAACGUGGAUGGUCAGCGAAGAUUAUUUCACGUUUCACUAUCAGGAACCCACAUCCGCUGCGUGCACGAAGCGCACCGUCCUCAGUCGCAUGGCAUCACUGUUUGACCCCAGAGGGCAACUAGCACCAUUCACCAUCAGGAGCAAGUUGUUGUUCCAGGAACUAUGUCUUGCGGGGCUCGGCUGGGACGACCCACUGCCUGAAGAGACGGUGGUAGCUUGGCAAGAAUGGUUUGCUGAGAUGCCUAAGCUAACACAGCUACGCAUUGAUCGCUGUUUUCAAGAUAGCACAACGUCGAUGGGUCUGAGUGUGCACACGUUCACCGACGCAUCAGAACGGGCCUACGCCGCUGCGUCAUACGUCCGAGCAGAGCGACCAGAUGGUACAGCGAAGGUUACCCUGGUGAUGGCCAAGGCAAGACCAGCACCGAUCAAGCGUCGAUCCAUUCCGAUGCUAGAGCUGCAGGGAGCGGUCCUGGGUGUGCGUCUUGGGACGUACGUUAGCGAAGCUCUUGGUGUGAGAGCAGCCGACAGCCACUACUGGAGCGAUUCCAUGAAUGUCCAAUAUUGGAUUCGAUCACCCAGCCGAAAGUUCAAGCUGGAAGUCGGCAACCGGAUAUCGGAGAUCCAACAGCAGUCUAUGGCACGGAACUGGCGUCAUGUUCCCGGAGUCAGAAAUCCAGCGGAUCUCCCCACCCGUGGGAUGACAGUCACACAGCUGGCAGACGAGAGCAGGUGGUGGCAUGGACCAACGUUUCUGGCACAGCAACAGAGCGAAUGGCCAGAUCGCAGGAUAGCUGUGCCGAAGGAGCUACCACAAAUGCUCAAGACUCCUGAAAUCACGAUGACGGCAAUGAUGUCACCACCGUUGCGGCUAAGUCCAAACAACUAUUCCUCGUGGAGCCGUCUUGUGCGGGUCACGGCUUGGUGCAUGCGUGCCAUACACAAUCGCCGCAAGAGCCGACUGCCACAGCUAACGCUCAGCGACGCCCGUGUGAAGAUUGCAAUCAAGAACAGCAAGGAGGUUGCCGUGCCCGAGCUCUCACCAGCUGAGUUUGAAAGAGCGGAGCACUAUUGGAUCAUGCGUGCGCAAGAUGAGAGCUAUGGUGAAGUGACCAGCACGCUGAGAAAAGGGAAGGAGUUGCCAAGCAGUGCCCCUCUUCUCCAGUUGCAACCGCGCAUCGACGAACAGAGUGGAUACCCCGUAUUAAGAGUUAGUGGGAGACUGCGUACGGCUUACCACUUGGCAUCUGAGUUUCGAUCGCCAAUUAUUCUCCCACCUCGACACCGAGUGACAGAGCUGAUCAUUCGGAGAGAGGAUGAGCGAUGCCGAAACAGCAUUGGCACGAAUCACAUCCUGUCCAAUCUCGCCGAUCACUACUGGCUUGUGAAAGGCAAGCAAAUGGUGAAGUCACAUCGGCACCACUGCGUGGGAUGUCAGAAGGUGUGGCGCAAACCAGCCACUCCCAGGAUGGGUCCUCUCCCAGACCUCCGCACGCAAGGACCACUUCUGGCAUUCGCCCGCACCGCUGUGGACUUCGCCGGACCAUUUCUAGUGAAGAGAGGUCGAGGACGUACACAAGAGAAGAGGUAUGUGGCAGUGUUCACGUGUCUGCAAUCUCGAGCGUGUCACUUGGAGCUGGUUACCUCUCUCGACACGACUGGCUUCAAGAUGGCCCUGACGCGAUUCUGCAAGCGUCGCGGCACACCCGAGAUGUUGCUUACUGAUAAUGGAAGCAAUUUUGUUGCGACAGAGCGAGAGCUGAGGGAGGCAGUCGCCCAGCUUGACCAUGCCGACCUCGCAUCGGAGUAUGCAGGCCAAGGGAUUGAGUGGAAAUUCAAUCCGCCUCGUUCUCCUCAUUUCGGCGGCGUGUUCGAACGGAUCGUGCGCUCCAUGAAGCAAGUUCUCCAGACUGUGCUGUACAAGGCUGAUUUAACUGAAGAAGAGCUCCAGACAGUAUUGGUGCAGGCCGAGGCUCUCAUCAACUCGCGGCCAUUGACAACGCUUUCGGAGGAAAGUGAAGACCUGGAGCCGCUAACGCCUUUGCAUUUCUUGGUUGGCCAUUCGAGAGUUGCAACAGCGUUGGAAGCAACCCCGGAGGGGGGUCUGCAUCGUCGCUGGCAGUUGCUUCAGGAUCUGAUGAAGCGCAUUUGGAAGAGGUGGCUCCGCUAG